CAGUACAGUAUGACAACUUAAAAAUGACCCAAAUAUUAUCUAUCAAAGGAAAUUCUCUUCCUCCUGUGUCACACCAGUACAAAUGACCUUGCUCAGUUUCUCAGUGUCUGCUUUAAAGCACUGCAGUCAGAUUUAGACAAACAUAAUCUAAAGCAGAAUUGUAUCUUAAACAUUAUACUGAGUCAGUAACAUGCUCCACAUUAAAAUGAAAAAGGCAUUUCUAUAGCUUACCUCUUCCGCACCACAGCAAAAGAACCCAGGCUAAGUCCAAGGCCAGACCAAGGCUACCAUCCACAAUUAUCCAGUCAGAGAAAAUAUUCAGAGUAAACCACAACAACAACAUUUUUCUGCACUAUGUAGUCCUGCCACACACAUCACACAGUGUCAGUGAAAUAUUAUAGAAGUAUUUUGGGUUCUUUUUAUUCUUUGUCAUUCACAAAUUUUCUGGUUGGACAGUUGAACUCUGUGUUAAGAAGUUAAUUACAUGAAUACUGUGAGCAGUUUAUGAUUAACUUGUUCCUCAGUGUGUCACAAAAAAAGAAUUUCAGAUAUUCAGAUGAAGGGUGUGAUUAUCGUCACAGUGAAUAUGCUAAGCUGCUGUAAGCAGCAAACCAGCUGGGUCAGAUGUCGUGUGACGUCAUGUAGAUGUAUUUACUCACAAACACUCAGAUCGUGUACCAUGAAACAGCAGGACAAUGGCUGGGAUCAAGUGUGUCGUGUUUUUGGUGGUCCUGACUUUUCAGUGGACUUUUGUAAAAGCAGAUACUGAGGUGUCCUGCAUUUUCAUGGAGAGAUGUAUGUUGCCGUGCAGCUAUGGUGGCAGUGAUGUAGUCAUCCACUGGAUUCAGGUAUCAGCAGGAGACCUUAUUGUCCACUCAUUCUACCACAACAAAGAUCAGCUGGAACAUCAGAACCAGCGCUUCAGAGGCAGGACGUCACUGUCCAGUGACCAGAUCUCCACAGGAAACGCCUCACUGCAGCUGACAAAGGUGGAGGUUCGAGAUGAAGGGAAAUACAGGUGCUACACCAGCACCAUCGAUGGAAACAAGGAGUCAUUUAUCAACCUAAAGAUAGAUGCUCCGAUCCAAAAAGUCAGCAUUCAGCAGGUAGGAAACAUCAUCACCUGCAGCUCAGAGGGCAUCUACCCUAAACCUGAACUCACCUGGUCCACCAGCCCUUCAUCUAGCAUAACUUCCAAGACAAUCACAGUCCAGCUGACUGAACAGCUUCUCUACAACAUCAGCAGCUCUUUGAUAGUUUCAGACAGUGAGACUGAUCUGGACUACAGCUGCACCAUCAGCACUCGCAGAAACAGAAAGAGAGCAACUUUAUUUAAACCAAAUCCACCAAAUGACAGUUCUCAGAGUCUGAAUUUAAACCAGCUGAGAGUCACCAUAGGAGGGAUCAUUGGAGGCCUUUUUGUUAUAGCAGUAUUAGCAGCAGUCCUGUGCUGGAUAAAAAAAACGAAAAAGAUGCAUCCCCAGCUCUCCAUACAAAGCAAGAUUUUGUUGGGUCAACCAACACAUCUGACACCAACAAAGCAGCUUCCAGUGAACAGGGAACUGCUUCUGUCAAGUAACAAUUACAGUUAAGACAGGU